GCAAGGAGCAUGGAAGGCCAACCAUAUGGUUAUCAUAACUUGAUAUUCAGCUGGAUAGAUACUAUACAAGACAACUAUCCACCCCCUUUGGAUGCUCACGUGGUUGCUUCUGUUGUGACAGUUUGGAAUCACAUACAGCCUGCAUAUGCUGCGAACAUGUGGAAUGAAGCCUUGAACAAGAGACUUGGAACUCAGAACCUUAGUUUUCCAGAUAUUUUAGUUGAAGUUGAAAAGAGAGGAUCAUCUUUUGACGAACUACUGACAGUUCCCGAACGGGAUGAUUGGCUAUACAGUGAUGGGAAGUCAACAUCGUGUGUGGCCUUCAUUCUUGAAAUGUAUAAGGAGGCAGGACUGUUUGAUCCAAUUGCUAGCUCUAUCCAAGUCACUGAAUUUACGAUAAAAGAUGCUUACAUGCUGAAAUUCUUUGAAAAUAAUUCAAGCCGCCUGCCGAAGUGGUGCAAUGACGGGGACACCGUGAAUCUUCCUUUCUGUCAGAUUAAAGGGAAGUAUCGAAUGGAACUACCUAAAUACAACAGCAUGGAACCAUACUCCCAUAUGAAUGAAAGGUGCGAAUCACUGCCCCCAAAGUACUCCAGGUCACGGAAUUGCUAAGUCCACAAUUUGUAAUUGUUAGGCCUAUGGUUGAUGUCAUUCCAGUUUCUUCUGCUUUUAGUGUAGUUCUAUUGUUGGAUACAAAUGAAUGAAAGAUGGCGAAGCUGUAAAUACAUUCGGUAGUCAGGUACAACAGGAGGGC